UAUCAUUUUUAUAUUCUGAUAUUUGGCCAGCAUAAUAUACGUGAACAGUAAUUACACAUGAAACUUGUUAAAUUGUGAGUGUAUAAAUUGGAUUUUUAUGUCUUUUGAGAAUUUUCACAUUUUCAGCUAUAAAGGAAAUAGGAAUAUUAUCAUCAUCAUGGUUAUCAAGGAAUAACGAAAAUGUCCGUUAAGGAUCUUCAUUUUGCUAUUCAAAAGCAUGAUGUAGAACAUUUGACGAGAAUACUCAAGAAUGAUCCUGAUGUUAAUUGCACGUACUGUCAAGAAACAGCACUAACAAGAGCAGUACGUGGUAGGCUAGAUAAAAUAGUAAAUAUUCUCUUAGAAUAUCCACACACUGAUAUAAAUAUUGGUAAUCAGUUUGAGCGUACACCUUUGUACUUCGCUUCUUUAAAUGGUCAAAUUAAACUCGUUGUCAACUUGUUGGAAAGAGGAAGUGACGUCAAUUAUUUAGAUGUAGCUGGUGUUACGCCUCUUGGAGCGUCAGCAUAUUACGAUCAUUGGCAAAUAGCGGAUAUUUUAUUACGAGCAAGUGGUAUAGUGAAUAUACAAAGUAAAAAUGGAGAAUCACCAUUGUAUCGGGCAUGUUAUUAUCUCUCUGUUAAUGUCGUAAAAGUUUUGUUAAUUCACGGAUGCAAUGUUAACCUAAAAACAACACAGGGAAAAACGGCCCUCAUGGCAGCAGUUAUUACAACGGACGAAAACAAUAAUACGUCAAAAUCUACGCGAUUUGAAAUUUUAAAACUGCUUUUACAAAAUGGAGCUGACAUUGACGCACAUGAUAAACGAUUAUUCACUGCACUUCAUUAUGCCGCUGAAGGAAACAAACUAGAUAUAUGUUCCCUCUUAAUGAAACAUGGAUGCAAUUUGUACACUAUCAAUAAUGAAGACAUGUCGGCGUUUGGUAUAGCUAUAUCCGCUGCAAAGCAAUAUUUUCAAUUAGCGAUAUUAUUCUACAUUAAUGGCUUUCAUUUGAAAGAUUUUAAUGCAAAUAUGAUAAAAUCUAUUUUGUUUUAGAACACGUUUAUACAAUCAUCUAGUUUAGACAGAAUGGCAUUACUGUCUUUAGUAUUGGAUGAUUUCAUUGGUUGCAAAAAAUCCACGAGGAAUCUACGGAGAAUUUUGAAAAAUGACGACUUUGACAUGAUUGAAUCAACAUGUCUGAAUAUGAUCAGGGCAAUAUACCAUUCAAAUGCUCCAAGAACUUUAAAAAACCGAUGUCGAUGGAUAAUUCGCUAUCAUUUGCGACUACCCUUUCUACAUAGUUUGACAGAACUUGAAAUUCCAAAGGACCUUCAGAAAUAUUUAAUAUAUAAUUUAGAUGAGCAUCAAUAUUCAAACAUACAUUAUACUUUGAACAAAAAUACCAACUUAGCAUAAACACUACUGUAACAUGAAUAAUACUUCAAUAUAUGAACUGUGAAAUGCAUAACGAGAUAAACAAAUUUCCCGGUUUUGGAAACCAAAAUAAAAGUUCAUUUCCUAUAAAAUAACGUUUCAGACACUAGUAAAUCCGGACAUCAAUGUUCAUGACACACAACUCUAAACAAACUGUCAUAGCAAUACAGUCAUGCAUCAAAAACAUGGGAAGCUAUAUUCACAAAACUUAAAUGGCUAUGACAAACGUCUCAGACAUUAUAUAAAUUUGCUUUUUAUGUUGUCGUUGGCUAAAAAAUGUGAAAAAAUGAAAAUUGCUGUCAUAGAGAACAUUAUCAAUCUGAUACAAUUUAGUAUGCCUUAACAUUUUUACAAUAUGUAUGAGAAAGUAAAUCAAAUAUUACAUAUGCCUAUAUUAAUCUGAACUGAGAUCGUCCUUUAGUUGCUCUUUUUUAAUUUUAGUCAUUGACUCCACCAGAAACCAAAGAGUGAUUCUUUGAUUAAUGACGGCAGAUCAUUGUUCAAAUUAAAGAAGUACUUAUAAGUACUGUUUAAUAUAAUG